AUGGCUGCGACUAACACAACAACUACAUCUCUUCCACUGCGAGACCGAGUAGCCAUAGUCACAGGGUCUUCCCGUGGCAUAGGCAAAGCCAUAGCCAUCCACCUAGCCUCACUAGGAGCAAAACUUGUCAUCAAUUACACUUCUAACAAGGAGCAAGCUGAUGUUGUAGCUAACGAGAUCAAUUCUGGCUGUGUUGAUGGUAGCCCACGAGCUAUCGUGGUUCCAGCUGAUGUAUCUGAGCCUGCGCAGGUUGAGUUACUAUUUGAUGAGGCUGAAAGAGUUUUUGGAUCCCAGGUGCAUGUCUUGGUUAAUUCAGCUGCCAUAACUGAUUCCAAGUACCAUACCAUUGAAAACACUUCUGUGGAGGAUUUUGAUCGUAUUUUCAGAGGGACAUUCUUAUGUUGCAAAGAGGCAGCCAACCGGGUAAAGCAGGGAGGUGGGGGCAGAAUCAUAACGCUAUCAAGCUCAUUGGUGCGUGCAUUGAAGCCGAACAUGGCAACAUACACAGCAUCAAAGGCAGCAGUCGAGACGAUGACAAAAAUAGUUGCGAAGGAGCUCAAAGGGACUGGUAUCACUGCAAACUGUGUGGCACCAGGACCAAUUGCAACAGACAUGUUCCUCACUGGGAUCACUGAGGAACGUAUCAAGACAGUGAUUGAGGAGUGCCCACAUGGGAGGCUUGGUCAGACCAAGGAUGUGGUUCCUAUUGUUGGGUUCUUGGCUAGCGAUGCUAGUGAGUGGAUCAAUGGGCAGGUUAUUGGCGUUAAUGGUGGCAUUGUCUAG